AUGCUAAAUUUAAUUCCACCUUCAUAGUAUAAACCAUAUACUAAUACUUAAACUACUGCUCAAUCUGCAGUAUGUAUACUCUUAAGAGGAUAAUUUAAACCAUAAUAAGGAUAUUCUUAAUUGAAUAUCAAUAAUCCUUAAUCUACUAAAUUUCAAGAAUAAGAAGAUAUUGAAAUACUUUAUAUUUAAAGAUAAAACUCAAAAAGAGAUUAAUAUAGUGGUGAAAUUGCUUUCCCAGGAGGUAAAUGUGACAAUGAUGAAACUGAUUUAUAAGCUGCUAUAAGAGAAGUACAUGAAGAAGUAGGAAUUAAUUUAAAUGGAUUAGAAUGUUAUUAUGUAUUUAGAUUAUCUAAGAAUGCUUUUAUGAAGAAAUUGAAAAAUAAUAAAUCUUUAUAUUGCAGUGCUUUUGUAAUAGCUAUCAAUGAUCCUGAGAAGAAGACAGAUCAAAUGAAAUUGUCUGAAAAUGAAGUACAAUAAGCAAAGUGGAUAAAACUUAGUUAUUUUGAUGAUCCUAUAUACAAAACUAAAAAGAGUCAACAUUAUUUUGGACCUAGAUCAAUAGCAAAAUAUUUUAAAUAAGCAGAAACUGCAGCUUUAGAUAUUGGAUUUGAUGAAGUGUUAUAUGGAUUUACAUUUUUUUUGACAAUGGCAUUUUUAUAUUAAAUUUAGAAACAUUAAAAAGUUUGGGAUCAUGCUCAUUUUGCAAAAUUCACUUUCACAGGACCAAUGAAAUAUGCUUUAGAAUAUGGAGCUAUGAUAGCUUACAAAAAAGAGAGAAUUGGUUUAUUUGAGAGAUGGCAAUGGCCAAUCUAUACAUAUUUAAUACCAAUGUUAAUAUUGAUGAUUAUGAUUUGA